GCACGCCCUCGGAAGCACAGGCUCGUGGCGCUGCUCUGGGGGGCUCCCGGGCACCCAGCCUCUCAUCCCUAGCCCGCAGCACCUCCGGGCCCCCCUUACCCUCGAGAGGCACCGGGAGUUGUCGCAGGGGGGCCUCGGGAAAUUCCCCGGACCCCUGUGCCAGGAGGUGCCCGGUGCGCCCGCCCGCCCCCCCACCCCGAGGGCGGUGCCCGGGGGCGCUGCCCCAUGGAGCGGGGAGGCGGGCGCCGUCUGCUCUCGGAGCCGUGACCCGAGUCGGAGCUCCGUGUCGCAGCCGCCCCGACCCCCGCGGAUCAUGCGCCGUCGCCCCUGGCUCGCCGGUCCCGCCGGGCUGUGAGCCCCCCACUCCUGGCCGGUCACGGCCCGCGCGCCAUGGGCAGCACCCACCCUUGCCCCUGGCUGCGGCUCCGACCUCGGCCCCAGCCGCGGCCCGCGCUCUGCGCGCUCCUGUUCUUACUGCUGCUGGCUGCCGCCGUGCCCAGGUCUGCACCCAACGACAUUCUGGGCCUCCGCCUCCCCCCGGAGCCUGUGCUCAAUGCCAACACGGUAUGCCUAACGUUGCCGGGCCUGAGUAGGCGGCAGAUGGAAGUGUGUGUGCGCCACCCCGACGUGGCCGCCUCAGCCAUCCAGGGCAUCCAGAUCGCCAUCCACGAGUGCCAGCACCAGUUCCGGGACCAGCGCUGGAACUGCUCUAGUCUCGAGACUCGAAACAAGAUCCCCUACGAGAGUCCCAUCUUCAGCAGAGGUUUCCGAGAGAGUGCCUUCGCCUACGCCAUCGCUGCAGCGGGCGUAGUGCACGCGGUGUCCAAUGCCUGCGCCCUGGGCAAACUGAGGGCCUGCGGCUGCGACGCCUCUCGGCGCGGGGACGAGGAGGCCUUCCGUCGGAAGCUGCACCGCCUGCAGCUGGACGCGCUGCAGCGCGGUAAGGGCCUGAGCCACGGGGUCCCGGAACACCCAGCCCUGCCCCCUGCCAGCCCGGGCCUGCAGGACUCCUGGGAGUGGGGCGGCUGUAGCCCCGAUGUGGGCUUCGGGGAGCGCUUCUCGAAGGACUUUCUGGACUCCCGGGAGCCUCACAGAGACAUCCACGCACGCAUGAGGCUCCACAACAACCGAGUUGGGAGGCAGGCGGUGAUGGAGAACAUGCGGCGGAAGUGCAAGUGCCACGGCACGUCAGGCAGCUGCCAGCUCAAGACGUGCUGGCAGGUGACGCCGGAGUUCCGCGCCGUGGGGGCGCUGCUGCGCAGCCGCUUCCACCGCGCCACGCUCAUCCGGCCGCACAACCGCAACGGUGGCCAGCUGGAGCCCGGCCCCGCGGGGGCCCCCUCGCCAGCCCCGGGCGUCCCGGGGCCGCGGCGCCGGGCCAGCCCCGCCGACCUGGUCUACUUCGAGAAGUCGCCCGACUUCUGCGAGCGCGAGCCGCGCCUGGACUCGGCGGGCACCGUGGGCCGCCUGUGCAACAAGAGCAGCGCGGGCCCCGACGGCUGCGGUAGCAUGUGCUGCGGCCGCGGCCACAACAUCCUGCGCCAGACGCGCAGCGAGCGCUGCCACUGCCGCUUCCACUGGUGCUGCUUCGUGGUCUGCGAGGAGUGCCGCAUCACCGAGUGGGUCAGCGUCUGCAAGUGAGCGGAAGGCUUCCUUCCCUUCCCUGAGCCUGGCCCUCUGCGGCUUGCCGUCUUGGCCCGGCAGCAGCGUCGCCCUGGCUCCUGGGAGAGGAGUUUGGACCAUCUGAUCCGAUAGGAACCUCCCGGCUCUGAGGGUCAAGUCUGCAAUCAGGGGAGAGUCCAGACCUGCCUGGACCCCACCACUCACUUCUGGGGGCUCCAGGACUGAUUUGCCUCCCUGCUUCUUGCCCUAAGCUUAGACGGCUCAGUUGGGCUGGGGAUUGCCCGACACCCACACCAGAGGGCAAGUGUCAGCCAGGCAGCCUCUGGGCCUGUCUCCUUUCGUGCCUUCACCUCUAACCCUGGAAGCUGAAGGGCAGGGGAAAGAUGAUUAGAAAAGAAGAAAUGGACGUAACUGAGCUGAAGUGAUUCUCUAGAGGCCUAGGAUGCCCUCCCCCAAGGGCCUCUGUCCCUCAUCAUUCAUUUAACAAAUAUUUAUUUUGCAUUCUUUGUGGCCUGGCACUCUGCAGGGGACGAUGGGUGCUGGGGAGACAGAUGUGAAUAAGAGAGACACAGCACCGGCCUCUUGGAGUUUACAUUCUGGUUGGGAGAGAGGGACAAUAAACAAGUAAAUAUACAAACCAGGUCAUCUCAGACAAUGCUCUGUACCACGAAGCAAAUAAAGCACGGUGCUGGAUGUAGAGUGAUGUGUGGGGA